AAACAAAGAACCUUAGUGUCCGUGUUAGACACCUUCACUCUGUUUCAGCUUCAACCACUUUGGUCAGUUCCUAAUUCCCUAAAUUCUACCUUUUCUCUUAUUUCUUCUUACCCUUUAAUCAUUCUUCACGGUUUGUUGAUUCCUGAUGCUUUUCAUCAACUGGGUUUUCACAAAGUUUCAGUCUUUUUCACGAAAUCUUCACUGAACUUUUUUGUUCGCAGCAUUUCCCCUGUUUUGAAACUCUAUUCUUCUUUGUUCGCUGGGUAGUUUCUUAAAACACGCAAUUAUACUUUUUUAUUCUAUUCUCUGUUUGUUUCUCUCAGUUAUCUUAUAAAGGGUCAUCGGUUUUCGCAACUGGGUUAUAAAAUUUGGCAUCCUUCUCCGUGUGUUUUUGCAUGCAGGAAAGUGCUUAACCAAACUCUGGUUCCGUUUCCUCUGUUCUUCAGCACAAACAGAACUCUUGUUUCCGUUGAUCACUAAAAAAUAAUGGCCAUAAAGACAACUGAAUUGUUGAAAGGGUGCGCAUCGCAGGAAGAGAUAAUGGAAGUACUUGCUGCGGUGGCUUCGGAUUUGGGGGAUGCGAUUGAUGAUGUGAACACCUUGCAAGUGAUUCCGUUGAAGGGUGCAAUGACCAAUGAGGUUUUUAUGAUAAACUGGCCAACCAAUAAAGAUGGUGAUCUCAGAAAAGUUCUACUUCGUUUGUACGGUGAUGGUGUUGACGUUUUCUUCGACAGGGAAGAAGAAGUUCGAACCUUUGAGUGCAUUUCAGAGCAUGGUCAAGGUCCACGCCUUCUUGGCAGGUUUGCAUCUGGCAGAGUUGAAGAGUUCAUUCAUGCCAAAACUCUUUCGGCUGCUGACAUUCGUGACCCCGAAAUAUCUGCUCUGAUAGCUUCUAAGAUGAGAGAGUUCCAUAGUCUUCAUAUGCCUGGACCAAAGAAGGUUCAGAUUUGGCAGAGAAUGAGGAAGUGGCUUGGUCAAGCCAAAAGUUUAUGCUCUCCAAAGGAUAUAAAAGUCUUUGGUUUGGACAAUCUGGAUGAGGAAAUAAAUACACUUGAGAAGAAGUUAUCAGAAGGAUAUCAAGAAAUUGGUUUUUGUCACAACGACCUACAAUAUGGUAACAUAAUGAUGGAUGAAGAGACAAGAUCAGUCACUCUAAUUGAUUAUGAAUAUGCCAGUUAUAAUCCUAUUGCAUAUGAUUUGGCAAAUCAUUUCUGUGAAAUGGUGGCAAAUUACCACACUGACACACCUCAUGUUCUUGACUACAACAAGUAUCCAGGACUAGAGGAGCGUAAAAGGUUUAUCCGCGUCUAUCUGAGUUCUAAAGGCAAGAAACCAAGUCAUGCUAAAGUGAACCAGUUAGUGAAAGCUGCAGAAAAAUACACUCUUGCUAACCAUCUAUUUUGGGGUUUGUGGGGACUUAUUUCGAGUUACGUCAAUAAAAUAGACUUUGACUACAAGGACUAUGCAAGGCAAAGGUUUCAGCAAUACUGGUUAAGGAAGCCCACUUUACUGGACUCACCAAGCAUCGUUUCUCAAGCAGGAAUUGUGAAUGGAUCAUUGGCAUCCUUCACGUGAUUUUGCUUCUAAUGUCUUAGUGGAGUUUAGUCUUAGUAUAUAUUUAUUAAUAACAUUGCAGCAUCCUAUAUGUAAAUAAUAUAUAAUCACUCACAAUGCGUGAUGGGUUUUGGAAAUUUUAAUUAUGAUUUGCUGAUCAAUCCCGCUCUUUUGGAAUUGAGUUGGGGAAUGAAAUUGAGAAUAGUUGGUUUACAUUAUUUGCAAUAUCGAUGGGAUAAGCAUACAGAGGGCAGAUAGCUUUGUUUUGUCUUCUCAUCUAUUACACAUUAAAUAAUGGUUAAGCUUAUGAUUUGAUAUUAAUCACUCUGACACCACUUGCUUAAUGGUGCAUAAAAUAUUU